ACUCUUUCCAAAGCUCCGAAAUGUGCCAUAAAGCAAUUCUAAUGGUUGACCAAACCCAACGAAACCUUCAACCGCUUCGAUUGGGUUUGUAACACCACCACAAAGGUAGACCGCGCAUAGGAGGUCAUUGUGCCCCUUGUGUGGUGCUAAUGCGAUACCGAAUUCGGCUGACCUUCCUGCUCUGCGUGUGGAUUUGUUGUGUGGGCGGUGAGGCGCACAAAACCGGUAGCGAACUGCUGGUGUCUUUUGCCGUAACUUCGUAGGUAGAGUUGAGGAUGGCCACAAGGUGUCAGUGUUUCGCUUUGCGCUGACCUGUUGGGUAAAAAUUUGUUUGCAAAUUGAAUCAAUUCCCCAAGAUGUGAUGCCUAAAUCAUUUGGUUCAAUGUCAGCAUGGUGGUGGGGUUCGUUGUGGCGCAGUUACAUGUGUCGUUCGAUCACAAUACUGAUCGACAUCUUUCACACACAGCAUCGGGGCAAUCACACGAUCACGAUCGACGCCGAUUUGUAAUCUCUCUUUCGUAGGCAAACCUGCAAUAACACUCGAUCGUUGCUGCUGAUUGCUGCUGAUGUAACAAUGUGUCGUUUUUUUUUCGUGCACGACACCAGACACAGAUAGCGGGCCUGGAAGUCACGUCAAGGUGUAUGCCAGGGCCACACGAUGCUCCAGUCCGCUUUGCAUGCUGCCUGAUCGUGCACCGCACUCACACACACACUCCGUGUGAGGUGGAAUGUCACGCAAGGUCAGAAACGGUUGAAAGAUCCUGCUCCUGCUACUGCUGGUGGUGGUUGUGCGGGUGUGCACUCUUGAGGUUUCGUAGAAUCUGUGCGAAAGGUGCAUGGAAUUUGAUUAAGCGAUAGACGACGCUCUACUUUGCUUGGAGUUUGUAUUCUUUGAAGUCAUCGUGAGGAUGCUCUUUUUAUAGCUUAGAGCACUCCAGACAACCAUAAGUUGUGCCACUGGCAAGUGGGUGACAGUUCCGUCAUCAAUCAAGCGGGGGAAAAUGCGGCCUCCGUCACACCAUGCGGGGGCAGUCCUGACUCUUAUCGUACAUACAGAAGGAGAGAGCGCCAGCGUCUUAUCAGUGGCCAGUUGUGCGUGCGGAUGACUUGGGUUAUUUUUUGUGCGGACUUAUUGCGCUUUUGUGUGUGCUGGGCUGGAGGGAAAUGAGGUGAUAACAAAUCCCGAACAGUGACGUAACGUUGAUCUGGUUCGCAGGUUUCAAUUGAUUCGAUUAGCGAGUGGUCUGGCCAGUUCGAAAUCAGCUCAUGAGCGGAGAGGAUGUAGUGGCUUCUUCGGUCGUGCCAGUUCGUCGUCUCGUAAUGAAUUAGUCGUCCGUUGUGCGUUCUUGCUGUGUUUUUUUAAGUGUGUGUGCUUUCCUAACCCAAGCGUCUCUUCGCUCUAUCCGUUUCAGUGAGCGUACUUACGACCCCGGUGCGGUGUUCCUCCCUGAGCUUGACUCGAAUUAAUAAGACUGUUUGACUGCCGAAGCACAGAACCUCCAGCAAGGCAUAAGGGGCCGUUUUCAGUGUGAGUGUGUGUGUGUGUUUGUUAGUGGUUCUUUGUUUGCAAUUCUAUUUGCAAACCGUGCGGCCAAUGUGCGGCGUGUUUCAAUCGGCAUUCAGAGUCCGGUGAUUACCCCGCCGUGUUGUUGAUCCCCGAGCUCCGUUAUUAUGCUCCAAACCAAAGACCACAGUGUGUUUGUGUGUGCGUGCGAAUGGGCAGCCGUUUUUUUUUCUUCUAAUGGCCGAUAUGAAGUGUGAGUGAGUGUACGCGGUGCGAAAUCAUCAACUGUGUAUCAAAGCAAAAGAAUAGCGCUUUCGGUGGUAACUUGGUGAAGCGUUCCACAAGCGCUCCGUAUCUGCAGUAACGCUUCGACGGCCCACAGUAUGGCCUACCUUUCCGAUGUAGAUCUCGCAACGCUACACCAGUCACGCCUCGAGGAGCGCGUACAGUAUCGGCUGUCGGCGCUGUGGACGCACGGAGCGGAAUCGGGCCGGGAUUAUCAGCGAUCGUUACCAGCAGUGUCGUCAUCCGCGUCAUCAUCGAGCACGUCAUUAGCAAUGUUUGGUGAUCGUGAAGCGGCAAAGCUUAGGGCCGUUAAGGUCCCAACCACGACCACUACAGGCAGCAGCAGUAGCAACGGCACUGUGAACGGUGCGAAGCACCCGAGUGCUAGUGAUAUAGUGAACAAUAACGUGGCGGAGCGGUGUCUACUAGAACCGAUCGGACCUACCUUGGGCAGAUCGGUCCCCAAGGCUUCGAUGGAACGACCGUACCAUCAGCAGCAGCAGCUGCAGCAGCAAUACAACUUUAGCGGUCAUGUGAUACGUCCUAGGAUUAGAAGUAGUAACAGCAUGUCCAGCAGCAGCUCGACUGCAUCCAACUAUCAUCAUCAUCACCAGCAGCCGCAUCAUCACGCAAGCAGUAGCGGAGGAGGCAAACACGUGGAAUGGAGCGAUGACGAUCAUCUGCACGACGACGGCUACUUCUCGUCCGACACACGCCGAAGAAGGUCCGGCACAUGGCCGCGCACGCGAAGUUUGAAUGCACCGUCCCCGUUUCAACAAUUUGGACCAUGCGGUCGGAUCAUGAAAAACUCGGCGAUGGUGAUGCAAAUACAGGACCCAGCGAGCCAGCGGUUAACGUGGUACAAGCCGCCGCUCGCCGUGCUGGUGAUUAAGAAGGUGCGCGACUCGAAGGUGCUGCAGCCGUUCGUGCAGCUGGUCGAGUGGCUGAUCCACGAGAAGCACAUGGUCGUGUGGGUGGAGGCGGCCAUCCUCGAUGAUGCGCUGCUGACCGGCGACAAGCGCUUCACGAAGCUGCAGGACAAGCUGAUCACGUUCAAGGACGGGCGGGACGAUCUGACCGACAAGAUCGAUUUCAUCAUCUGUCUCGGCGGCGACGGGACGCUGCUGUACGCGUCGCUGCUGUUCCAGAAGUCCGUCCCGCCGGUCAUGGCAUUCCAUCUCGGGUCGCUCGGCUUCCUCACCCCGUUCCAGUUCGACAACUUCCAGGAGCAGGUGACGAACGUGCUGGAGGGGCACGCGGCCCUCACGCUGCGCAGCCGGCUGCGGUGUAUCAUCGUGCGCAAGGACAAGACGGAGCAGGAAAUCUCAACCUUCAAAUCGUCUCAGGAUCCGUCGACCAACAUACUGGUGCUAAAUGAAGUGGUCAUAGAUCGGGGCCUGUCGUCUUAUUUGAGCAACAUCGACCUGUUUCUGGACGGCAAGCACAUCACCUCGGUGCAGGGCGACGGGCUGAUCGUGUCGACGCCGACCGGCAGUACGGCCUAUUCCGCUGCCGCCGGUGCCUCGAUGAUACAUCCGUCAGUGCCCGCCAUACUGGUGACGCCGAUCUGUCCGCAUUCGCUCAGCUUCCGGCCCAUCGUACUGCCAGCGGGUGUGGAGCUAAAGAUUGCAAUCUCACCGGACAGCAGAAACAGCUCUUGGGUGUCGUUUGAUGGUCGAAAUCGUCAGGAGCUGCUGCACGGCGAUAGCCUUCACGUCACCACCUCGAUCUACCCGGUGCCAAGCAUAUGCGCUCAGGAUCAGAUUGCCGAUUGGUUCGACUCGCUCGCCGAAUGUCUGCACUGGAACGUGCGCAAGCGGCAGAAGUGUCUGGACGAGCUGUCCGACCUGACCGGUUCCGGCACGGAAGACAGCGCCAUCGACGACAUCGUGCGCGGUAUCGAGAACCUCGAGAACUAAAGCACUGCCCGUGUAAAGCGAGGCGAACGAAGCGGGCGAACAAAAGCACAGCUGUUUCGGGGGGGAAAAACUCCGUACUCUGCGACAAACCAAUUUGUCGGACGGAAUGAAGAAAGGCGUACAAAGUGAUCCGAACAUAAUAAGCAAUCGAAAGUAGCGAACCAGGCAGCCAGGUAUGUGUGUGUGUGUGUUUGUAGCUCCUUCAUGUAUUAAGGAGGGCAGGUAGCAAGGAAACAGGAACGUCAUCGCAGAUCUCAUGCAGUGAUGUAGAAAUGCGUGUGGUAGUAGGGGUCGACUAUUGUUUGCUUUUAUGUUGAUUUUUUUUUCGUGUGGACAGCUUUGAGGACUUCGAAGCUGUAUGUUAGUGAGUAUGCAAUAACAUAACAAGAAUGUGUGUGUGUGCUUGUGGUUUUAGUGAAGGAGAUUGGAUCUUUCGCAAUAGACAGCGCCGUAAUGUUGUUGUAAGGUGUGUCAUGUGUAAAUGUUGGCUUGUCUGCAGAAUUGAUUAGAUUUUUUUCUUUUUUUAUUUAACAAAGGUUUGUGUUUCACACCGUUGCGUGUUCACUGUUUGGGAAAAGCGAGGGAUAUUCGUAGUGUUGGCCAGAGGGAAAAUGGCGCUCUAGAUGGUGCGGAAAGCGUAGCCUCCAGUUUGUUUAGUGUCGGUGGUUUUUUGUUCUGUUAAGUUUUGUGAUGCUCUCAAGGAGAGCGCAACCGAAGGCAACAUGCUUCAAUAAUAGUGUUUAAGAGGGAAGUUAUUUGAGGUAAAGCAGCGCUGUGUUUUUUAAAACCACAUGCACAUCAAUAGCAAAUGGAAAAUUUAAUCAAAAUCAGAAGAAAAUCGUCCUUGAAACCAGCUCAAUCCGUCAAUCGCUGUCUGCGCUGUCUGUUGCAAAGGCACAAAUAGGAAGCAGUUACCGUUGUUCACACAACAGACGGAGCGGACAGAGAGGAUAUACAAGCAAAUUAAGGCCGGGAAGGUAUAGUGAUGCUGGUUAAAGGAGAAAAAAGAAGAGAGAAAAAAACAAUGUUUUGUAGUGAUAAACCAAAUUUUAAUGAAACUGUAACAGGCUUCAGUUCUCGUUUUGUUUGACCGUGCUUUCGUUUCCAGCGCAGGAGGACCGGAAUGGGAUAGACGUAGAUAUUAUUAUGGAUGGCAGUGUUUCGUGAUUAAUGACAAAUAGAACAGGGGAGGGGGCAUGGUAAUAAAUAGCAAAAAAUAGGGAACUAAACUACCAGACAAGUGGGCAAAGUGUGUGUGUGUAUGUGUGCUGUAUACAACAGUGUAACAUUGCCGAGGUUCGCAGCAAGCAAGCAAAUGUAAGAUUCGAUCAAGGAGCGCUACUGGAUAGAGGGAAGGGAGGGGGGGGGGGGGAUUAAGCGUGGAAUAAAAUUCGUGCUGAUCCCUAGAGGAAAUUUAUAUAAAACCGUGUGGAUGUAGAGAAAAAAAAAGACAAAAAAAGUGAACAGAAGGAAAAAUAUAUAAGUAUACUAUUUAAUAAACGCGAAUAUAAGGUGUA